AUGAUUAUUUCAAAAGUCAUGUCACAGCAAGGAUUACGUUCGUUCCUACGUGAAGUGUCGGCAAUAUCUGAGCGACUAACUCAAUUGAAGCUAUCAAACACCACAGAUAGUGAUAAUGCUUACGCGGCGGAAACAGAAAUGUUAUCUGAACGUGCUCAUCGGCUUGUAUCCACUCUUACUCUCGAUAUGCUAGACGUAGUUCUUCCAGAUCGUCUUGGUCUUGCAUCGAUGACAGCUCCAAUGUAUUAUGUUGAUAUUUAUGAAUCCGAGCAUAUUCAUGCUUGCUUGUUCGGCUUUAAAAGUUGUGAUUUCCUGUUCCCGUUACACGAUCAUCCAGAUAUGUACGGAUUUGUGAAGGUUCUUCGUGGUGCCCUAGCAAUAAAUUCCUAUACCGAACUUUCUCAUGAUGAACGAGAAACAUUGCAAUGGACAAAGUCGAACGCUCUAUCGUCAAGCGUUACCAUUGCCAGAUUCGAAGGUACCAGUAAUCGCUGGCAUAGCGAUGAUUGCGUACAUUUGGGCCCUAAAUUUGGUAACAUUCAUUCGUUGGCACCACUUGAAGAUGGCACAGCAUUUUUUGAUUUACUAAUGCCCGGUUAUCGUGAAAAGCCAUGUACCUACUUUAAAAAUAUUAUACAAAAUCCAAAAUUAAAGCAAACAUGUUUGCUUCAAAAAAUUGGCGAACCAGAGGAUUAUUAUUGUCAACUUCUACCUUACGAUAAAAUUAGGGCACUUUAA